UCAGAGCCCGGAGCACCAAUAUUUGAUGCCGGUUCUUUCCACAGUGCAACAGUUGACACUCUAUUGAUCAACGCAAACAGGCUAGAAGUGCAAGUUAUCAUUGGGGGUAUCGAUUAUUACUCGCUCAGAUCUAUCACCCCCCAUGGGUCUCCAUCAAACGGGAGUUGGGUCUCUUUUGCAAAUAGCCUUAAGAUCACAGGACUCAUGCCUGGAAGUAGUUACCACGCAACGUUCACAAGUCGAAUCAGUACAAGCAGCUGCGGAGAUGUCGAUGGCGAGCUUCAGACUACUUUAACAAAUCUCUGCACUGUGCCUGCUGACCCAUUCAUAACAGGAAUUGCUCUCUCGUCUGACAACGUAUCAAUCAUUGUGCAUUUUAACGAGGUGCACGGGAUCAGGCUGGCCUCUACUGGAUCACGAGAUCACCACGAGGUGACCGCUCUGUUUCCAAAUUCGGAUCCUGCAUACACAAAUGAAGGCUCAUCUGGAGAAGAUAUAGUCCUUUCUGGGCUAGUUCCAGGCACCAGUUACAUUUUUACCCUUAGAAAUGUCAUCGGUGUUGCAGGCAAAACAACCUGCUCUUCUACUCAGGACGAAGGCUACUCUAACAUCCUGAGAAGUGCAGAUGUCAAUGUAACUAGAUGCACACUACCGGCUGACCCCUUCAUAUCAAGGAAUGCUCUUUCAUCUGACAAAGCAUCAAUCACUGUACACUUUAACGAAGUAACAGCCUUGAAUGGAUCACGAGAUCAUAUCGAGGUGACCGCCCUCUUCCCCAAUUCAGCUCCUGCAUACUCUAAAUCGGGCUCAUCUGGAGAAGACAUAGUUAUUACUGGUUUAGUUCCAGGCACUAGUUACGUAGUCACCCUCCAGAAUGUCAUCGGUGUUGCAGGUGAAACUAUAUGCGCCUCUACUCAAGAUGGAGGAUACCUUAACGUCCUGAAAAGUGGAGAAAUCAAUGUCACAAGAUGCACAGUGCCAGCUGACCCGCUCAUAUCAAGGCAUGCUCUCUCGUCCGACAAAUGGUCAAUCACUGUACAUUUUAACGAAGUAACGGCCCUGACUGGUACUCGUGAUCACAUUGAGGUGACCAGUCUCUUCCCCAACUCAAAUCCUGCAUACCAAAACGCGGGCUCAUCUGGAGACGAUAUAAUCCUUAAUGGAUUAGUGCCAGGCACCAGUUACACAAUCGCCCUCAAGAAUGUCAUCGGUGUUACAGGAAAAACUAUCUGCGCCUCUAUGCAGGACCAAACAUACUCCAACGUCCUGCAAAGUGGAAAUGUCAAUGUAACUAGUUGCACCUGUAAUGCCAGCUGA